CUUGUACUCUAACAUUCAGCCGCCAAUAACUUUUCCUAUUUUGCGUGGUUUAUGGCUAUCACUCGGAUAGCAGUUAUUCUUGGGGAAGUAUUAGAUGAAGAGCAAAGAUCGUUAUUAAUAAAGGAUGUGAAUCAAGGCUUGAUUACAUGUCCACCAGAUUUUCUAUUAAAAAUCCAAUCUCAUCUGGAAAAAUUGACAAGCAGUCAACAGUGUUCACCUGAGUGUAUUUUCUCUUAUCAAGAAGAAGAUUUUGAAUUUCUAACCUUAUGUCGUCCAUCUACAUCUGGAAUUACAUCGUUAUUGACAAAUUUUCUUCAGCCACCGAAAAAUCCCAAUGUCCCUUUGAAUAUUAUCCUUGUAUAUGCUGGUUUACUAUCGGAUGGAUCAGCUCAUUGGUUGUUACCGAACUUUGUGUUUACACCUACAUUCUUAACAGAUUUUAUUCAACAUUUGUCUACUCUUCGUCCUAAACCAGAUGAUGUUGAAAACCAUCCAUCUUACAAACCUAUUCGACUUCACAUUGGUAUUGGGGCAGUCUCAUCAGGUGGAGACUGGCGUCAUCUUGUUAACAACCCACCACAACCUAUCGGAGGGCAUAUAUUCCAAGUUACAGUUAAUCGUUGUCGUACGGCGGCAAAACCAAAGAGUAACAAACCUACAGAUACUCCUUCACCACCUCCUAACUCAUUUGAUUUUGAAAGUUUUCUACAUGAUAUACUGAUGACUAAAUUACCUGAUCCAUAUUGUCUACCUCUUAGUCAACCAUUGAUUAUGCGUUCACCAACAGAUCCAACAUUGAAAAUUUCCAAACCAUGCAUUUAUUUAUUCCCUGAAGGUUCUGGUCAAGCAUCAAUUUUAGCUUUGCCCGGUUAUAAUAUGUUAAUUGAUGGAGGAUGUAGUUAUAAGCCUUGUUUUUGGUCUGUUGCUAAUUAUUUAGAUCGCCUGGAUUCUGUUCUAUUAACUCAUUGGGGCAUUGAUAAUUUACUGGGACUGAAUACAAUUCUUCCAAAAGUGUUCAAACCAAAUAAUAAUACUACUAAUAAUAAUCAACAAUCAUUACUGUGUCUGCUUACUCCUCCACCGAAUAUAAACAGCAUGAAAAUCAAUACUCCCAAUACCCCUCAAGAUUCAUUACCGUUUACACUUAAUCUACCAAUCUGUUUUUCUAAUUUAAUUGGAGAAAUUAAACGUUCUGGUACUAAUCUCAUAGUUUAUCCAAUUACUCGUGGAGGAAAACAGUCGGUAGUACCGAAACCGUUACAACUUUAUCAGAAAGUAGGUCAAGGUUGUUUAGAGUUAUUCCCAUUAACUCCGGGCGAUGAUGAUUCUGCUGAGUUGCGUAAAUUGAAUGAUGAUUGGUCUAAAUGUUCUCCUUCGUUAAUGACAACAUCUGUACCGAUAAGUAAAAGUUUAGUAAACAAAACUACUGUUCCACUGCUUUCCUAUACAAGUGUAUCAGCUUUGGUUGUUUGGCGACCAUCUAAAGAGAAUGAACCGACACUUCGAUUUCUUUUCGUAUCACCAAAUGCUCAUCAAACACGUAUUCUAUCAAGCCUUGAUGCAUUGGUCAGUAGUUUCAUUUAUCUUCGUCAUCCUAAAGCUAUUCCAGCGGAAAUUGAUCGGAAACGACCAUCACAACCUUCAAGUGCGGCUUCACGUCGUCCAACGAUGCCACCAGCAGCAACUCAUGCUAGUAAUGAAGGCAGUAUUAAUUCAGUUGGACAAACUCAUCAUAACACGACUACUACUACUACUACCACUACUCGACCAUCUCAUGUUGUAUUGAAGAAGGGGACAACCGCGGCAGGUACACAUGACAGCGCAACACAUCGACCUCCAUCGUCUAAAUCUUUGGCAAGUAGUAAAACAAUACAAUCUCAUGCUAAACCUCCCAUUGGCAAGACAAAUCAAAUGACUAAAAAUGCUCAUGAUGAUGUACAGUUGAAUUCUAAAGAUGUAACAUCUCCACAACAAGAAGUUCAUGAUAAUGAUAUUUCCACAUCAUCCAAUCUUAUACCAUCGGAAUUAUUGAAUACCGAUAACAAUUCUGAUAUUCAUAAUUUAUCCAAUGAUAAUCAUCCAAUCAUUAAUGGUGAUAUGAUGCAUAAUAUUAAAACCGCCAAUGGUUUUACACAUGAUCUAUCUGAAUUUGAUCCAGCAGUUAGUUUAGCCGAAGAGACAAGUGAUGAUGUGGAUGUUGGCUUAUUAAUUCAUCAUGGUAAUUCAUCAAUGAAAUUACAAGAUUAUCAUAAUAAUAAUGACGAUGAUGAUGAUGUUGGUGAGGCUGAUGCGGAGAAUGCAUUUAUGUCUGGUGAUAAUCCUAGUAACACUAAUACUACUACUACUACUAAUAAUAAUAAUAAUUUAAAAGAUACUCAUCCAAUGAUAUCAGGGGAUUAUGAAGAACAUGAUCCUAUUGCAUCAUGGGGAUCACCGCAGAAUUUGCCUAUGCCGCCUACAGGUUCAGAAGUUGGCAAAAAAUCUGAAGUGGCUGCUACAACAAACGGAGAAAAGAAACCACCUGCAUCUCAUUUGACAAGAAGAGUUACAUCUGUCAAUAGUAAUACUGGGAGUGCAGCAUUGGGCGCGACAAAAAGUGGUCGUCUUUCACUUGCACCACGUACUGGUAGUCUACACUCCACUAUGAACAAUCAAUCAGUCAAUUAUCCACCUGGUUAUACUAUUGCAUCGGGUCAUAUUUCCGGUACAACAAAAGUUCCUCCAUACGACAAAGUCAAACCAAUUUAUGUUGAUGUUGCUUUUCUACCAGGUAGUGGUAAUCCAAAUUACAUCGACGCGGAAUGGUUUAAACGUGUACGAGCUCGAUAUUAUGUUGCUACCGAUGUAAGACCAACAUGUUCACUGUUAGAAUCAUUAAUUGUCGGUAAAGAAUCAUGGAGUGGUGGGGAAGAUGCGCAACUUGAUGUAUCAUUAAUAUUAGCUUAUGAAACUGAAGAUAUAUUAAUAUGGCUUGGUGUUAAUGCUGGACGUCUUAAUCAUUGUCAUGUGAAUGUGGCUUCAGUGAUUUCACGUUCAUCUAUACAAAUAUUAAAUGAUGAUGAUGCUGAUGAUAAUCAUAAUACCGCAAUGAAUAACAAAAACAAUAACUAUCCAGGCUAUCGUAUUGAUUUAUUUUGA